CCCCACUCAUUAGAUUUCAUCGUAAGGUCCUGAUCACAAGUGAAGAUGCUGCUGCGCCUCUGUGAGGAAGCGUGUGCUGUGCGCCAGCGGAGCGGCUGUAUAUCUGUAUCCCGGUGAACUUCUGAGCAGACAGAAGCACCAAGGACCGACAAACAGAUCCUGAAACGCACAGACUGAAGCUGCUCUGCCGGGAUCUUUUCACUACUGGAGAAACGACGCGUUUUCACUUCACAAGCUUGAGGUUAACUUUCGACUGGAAACGCUGCCAUCAGUCAGGCUAUCCUUCCCAGGGAACAUUAAUAUUUUUAUUAGUAAAUCACUGUAAAUAUUUCAUAGAGACUUUAUCUCACUUAAUCUAAACCAUUCUGUGUUCAGAUGAGACUGUCAGUUAUCCGCGCGUCUCCAAACGAGGACGCACGGAGAUCGCACAGGGAUCGAGAUUAUUUACUCUCAUACGAUCUUUUAUACUUACUUCGCUGUAAAUGACCCGAAAUUACAUAAUUAUACAUUAAAUCUUAUCGUAUGUAAGGCAGUAGUUAAUUGGCUAAUAAAGAGAAAAACGAUCUAACUUCGUGCGCAAAAGAAGUUUUAGUUUUUCGAGCUUUAUCUCAAAGGUUGGUGAAAAGCAGCCAGCGUCCAAAAUAAAAUAAUAUUAAACUUCUGUUUUAUGGGAGGGAAAAAAUCAGUUCUAUAAAGUGGCAAAUCCUUUUAAUUGAAAAGCAGUGAUCCGUGUCUUGACGCAUUGCCCAGGACUGUUUUGUAUGCUUAAAAUGGACUUGAAGGAGCUGCCGUGGAGGAUGCAAGGGAGCUAUCGUUUGGAAAAACCACAGGGACAAAACGAGAGCAACUAAGACUCGUGGAAAGCUAAUCCCAGUAUGGCCUCGGUUCUGGAGAACGGCUGCUCCAUGGAGCUGAGCGGCUGGAACAGCAGUGUGAGCAGCGCCGGAGCCUCCGUGCCCUGCAACCAGAGCAUCCUGAAGCUAGCCCCUUACUCCCCUGAAGCCACGGCGGCCUUCGCCACCGCCAUAACCUUGAUGGUCCUCUUCACCAUCGUGGGGAACAUCAUGGUCAUCAUCGCUGUCCUGACCAGCCGGUCCCUCCGAGGACCGCAGAAUCUGUUCUUAGUGUCCCUGGCUGCUGCAGACAUUUUAGUGGCCACACUCAUCAUUCCCUUCUCUCUGGCCAAUGAACUGCUUGGCUACUGGUACUUCAAAUCCCUGUGGUGUGAGAUCUACUUGGCGCUGGAUGUGCUCUUUUGCACCUCCUCCAUUGCGCACCUGUGCGCCAUCUCACUGGACCGCUACCUGUCCAUUACCAGGGUGACUUACGGGCGUCAGCGGACUCCCAAACGCAUCAAAGCCGGCAUUGCGGUGGUGUGGCUCAUCUCUGCCAUCAUCUCCUUCCCUCCCCUGCUCUCACUGAACAAAAGCGAGGGAGGGGAAGAUGGGGCUGACAGAGGACCCCAGUGCAUGCUGAAUGAUGAGCGCUGGUACAUCCUUUACUCCACCAUUGGCUCCUUCUUUGCUCCAUGCCUCAUCAUGAUCCUGGUCUACGUAAGAAUCUACCAAAUUGCCAAACAGAGAACACGUUGCCCACCAGGAGAGCCCAGGAAGGAUGGGGCCGGCUCUGCUACACCAGGUCAGGCCGCAAGACAUGCACAAGCCAAUGGAAAGGAUGAUGAUGAUGAAGAAAGCUCACCCCCUUCAUCAAACAAAGCCUCCAAUACCAGACCCCCCACCCUCGCCAUCACCCCGUCUCCCUCCCCAGGAGAUACUGAAACCUCCCAGAAUCCCACCUCCAAUAAUCUCCUGCAACCUCCAUCCCCUUCACUAGCCAUGACCCCUGUUACAACCUCCCUUGAUACCUCUCCUCAUGGGCCCUCAGCUCCCGCCUCUGUGCCUCAGCCUGCCCCUGCCAAGACUAAAGAGAAGGGGAAGAAGGGCAAGCGAGGAAAAAAGGCUGACAAUAACAAUGGCGACAGUUCAAGCACAGAGAGUGACAUGGAGCACAGCCACGGAGGAGGCCGAGGCAGCACCAGCAUGCCAGGGUCACCUGCAGGAGGAGGGGUCCACUCCCCGGCCUCAGUCAAGCGCUACAGGGAUAUGAUCGCCUCUUCAAAGGGGUCUCGGCUGGUGCCAGGGAGAAAGUCAAAAUCAGACAACAACCCUGGAGCAGCAAGGCGUAAAGCCAUGGUCAACAGAGAGAAGCGUUUCACAUUUGUCCUGGCAGUGGUCAUCGGUGUCUUUGUGGUGUGCUGGUUCCCAUUCUUCUUCUCCUACUCUCUGCAGGCAGUGUGUCCAGAGACCUGUCACAUCCCUGAACCACUCUUUAAGUUUUUCUUCUGGAUCGGUUACUGCAACUCCUCCCUCAACCCAGUCAUAUACACUAUCUUCAACAAAGACUUCAGAAAGGCCUUUAAAAAGAUAUUGUGCAGAACCACCAAGGGUACUUUCUUCUAGCAUAUACAAAGUUGCUGUAUAGGACACGGACACACAAUAAAAUGCUAUUUCUGAGGCAUCAUAAAAAAAAUCAACUUUUUCCAUUUUCCACAACACUCAAAGGGCUGUUUUAAAAACAUGUUGAACUGUGGAAAUUCCAGCAUAAAAUUCAGAACUGAGAGCCACUCUUUUACAGCCACAGUGUGCUUAAACAGGCGACUUGGACUGUGAAAUCCCAGCUUGCAGCAGAUACAUUUUUACAGGGUGUGGGGUGAAAAUAGGACAUUGAAUGGAGGCAGCACUAGACACUUAACAUUUUAGCACUUCAGUAUUGCUGAUAAGAUUUUGAUUGCAAAGUUUUAUCUCCAGAUCGCAUUGAAGGAUGAAUAAUUCUGAGACACAUGGUGGUGCUGAAUCAUAGACGAAAUAUACACACUCUCUACAAAAGUGACUGAGGGCAGCAGGAAAGAACAGCUGCAAAUGAACUCCUGAUUAAUAAUACAGAUAGUUUAUUGUACAAAAUAUAAGGUUUUUGUAGUUAUGAAAUAUUCUAGUCUAAUGGGAGAGGAAAACAAGUAUAAAGAAGGAAAAGUGACCUUAGAUUUCUGUGAGCCUAGGGCCAUUUAUUUAUCAAUACAGAGCACAAGGAGCACACAAGGUUAGUGGUGAUUUCUUACGUCUGCAGUCUUAAUUUGCCCAGCUGCGGGGCAAACAUGUGUUCCUCGAUUUUUAUCUUAAAGCGCAACAACAAGAGAAGGUUUCUGACGAUUCCAAAUGCCAUAGCAGAGACAAGGGCACCCAUUCAAAUUGAACUUGUGGGCUUUUAUGGGGACAGCCUGCACGUCAGAUACCUUGCUCUUGGCUUGGUGUGGGUCAUAAUGGACACUCAGGUUGUUGUAAUGACACUCUUGGCUCUCACCUUUCAUGAAAUACAGAAUAAGCUGAAGUGUGUGGGGAUUUUGGACUUGAAGAAAACCACAUGUUUGUUAGUUAUUGAGAUGUGAAACAGUGUGACACUCCUCAUCCUCUUAGUUUACUGUUUCCUGCAUUUUAAUUUAACCUGGAUUAUCAAAACUAAUGGACUGGAUUGAGCAAUCCUUCGUGUGAACUCGAUAUUCAGACAUUUAUGAAACAAUCAAAACUGUUUUAGCCUCAGAGGUUAUUUACAGUAUGUAAUGGGAGGUGCAUCUGCUGAAGACUGAAAAAAUUAUUUUCCAGAAACCUGAUUAAGCAGACAGACAUUUACACUGACUGUAAAGGACAGAUGAACAAUGCAAUUAUGGAUGUGUAAUGUUGCCCCUAAUUACACCUACAUGGGUUAUUCUGAGAGUCAUUUGGCUGAGUCACUCUCCUCUAUCAACGCCUCUGGCUCAUCAUCGCUUGCAAUGGACCUCUACAUGGCACAUUUGGUUUAUAGCUGAGAGGCGAGAGGAUGAAUGCUACAUUUAUUUUUCUCACCAUGAGACUGAGGCUCUGUCAGCUUCCUCGACUUAAAAAAAAAGAAAAUGUGUCUGUUACUGUGAACAGCACACAGGCUUAUUGACUCAAUGGGACAAGGGCUGUCAGCAGCAACACUUCAAUUUACUAAUUGUCUUAUACUG